UACUUAAAUAGAGCCAUUUGAAAAGUUUACCAUGGUCAGUUUUCAAAUUCUUAUUCCGGGACGUAAAUCAUAAUGGUCGCUUUUGCUGACCUUUCACUCUCCUUUCUUACCGGCCUCUCUGGCCUCACCACACGCGAUACUUCUUCAGGAUCUCUCGAUUUCGAAGCACAGUUUGCGAGCAGAUCGCAAGCGGCAGUCUCGUCGAGCUCCGUAGUGUAUUAUGCCGGCGAGAGUCAAUAUAUCAAGGACAAUUAUCACUGGUCUGCGUCUAGUAAUCAGGCCUCUGAAUGUUCCUUUGAGCCUGCAACAGCUGAAGACGUUGGAAUCGCGCUCCGAAUUUUGGGAGAGACGCAGACACCAUUUGGAGUUAAAAGUGGAGGACACGCCACGAAUGCAGGCUUCUCAUCAACACCAGGCGUCGAAAUUGCGUUGUAUUCCUUUUCAGAUGUCCUAACUCUGGGCAUGGGUUUAAUAUGGGAUGAUGUUUAUGUUGCGCUUGAACCGUAUAACAUGACUGUCGUAGGGCCGAAAAUCACUGGCAUUGGAAUAGGUGGCAUUACUCUGGGAGGAGGAUAUUCGUAUUUGACUAAUCAGUAUGGUUUGGGCAUUGACAGUGUCGUAGCCUACGAACUUGUUAUGCCCAAUGGGACAGUGGCUGAGAUCACAGAUGCCACAAAUUCAGAUCUGUUCUUUGCGUUGCGGGGGGGAUUCAAUAACUUUGGCAUCGUGACGACAGUUACUGUCAACACACAUCCUCAGUCUCUAGUCUGGGGUGGACUUGUCUCGUAUUCGAUGAACGAAUGGGCAGCAGCAAGCUCAGCUAUUGCCAACUAUUCGGCGACAGUCACCGAUCCAAAGGCAUCCAUGUACAACGCCUUUAACUACAUAGCUGGAGUGCCAAUAAUGGCGAAUAUCCUCUUUUACGAUGGUCCAACACCCCCUGCGGGCAUAUUCGACGAGUUCUUGGCAAUUCCUGCUAUCGUAGCACUCGUUUCUACCAGGCGCUACGUAGAUCUCGUUCAGUCUCUUCCCUUAAAUGCCACUGCUGGGCUUAGAACCGUGUUUAGUUCGGUGGCAAUGGUGGAUGCUACAGUGCCUGUGAUGGACAUGAUUGUGAAUGAGACAACGUUCUGGAGCAAAAAAUUGGCAAGCUCCAGUGCUGGGAUUGUCACAUAUGGCGUAGACAUCUUCUUGCCUACGAUCUACGAUCAUGUAGCUUCGCCUACCGCAUACCCACCCUCACGGAGUCAAGGCUACUCGUACAUCGAAUUGUUCUAUGGUUGGACAGAAUCGAAAUACGAUAGCACAAUAUUCGACGCUGUCAGCGCAAGCGGCCAGAAUAUAAUAGAUUCACUCGUGGCUGACGGCCAGGACGUCGCGAAUGUUGCCGUGUACCCGAACCACGCACCUCCUAACACGACUUUGGAGAGAAUCGCUGUCGAUCCGGAUAAUGUGAUGGCAUUGACGGGCGGUUGGAAAUUCUAG